GGUGCAAUUGACUGUGGAAAUGAUGCAUCCUGCGAUGCGGGCAAAAAAUGUGCCUCUAACAAUACUUGCAUACCAUGGGUUGCAAACGACUGUGGAAACGGAUACAACUGCGAUGCGGGCACACAAUGUUCUACUAGUAACCUUUGCCAACCAUUGGGUGCAACCGAUUGUGGAAAUAGAUGGUACUGCGAUGCGGGAAAACAAUGUGCUACUAAUAAUACUUGCAUACCAUUGGGUGCAACCGACUGUGGUGGUGGAUCCUACUGUGUUGCGGGCCAAUACUGUUGUAUGAAGAAUCAAUGCUGUGACAAUUAUUAA